GUGCUGAAGGCCACCCAGUUUUCCGUAAUUGAGGACCGCAUCGUCAAGGCUCUUCGCAAAUAUAAUGACGAGGCUGGCGCCUACUAUCCUCUGAGUGAAUUCCGCAAAACUGAGCCCAGUCUAUAUCGACAAUUGGUGAAAAAGCGCCUCAUAAUUCCUAAUCGGCUACAAAGUAGACGCGCCUCUGGAGUUUAUAGACAUUGGCCGCGUGGCCGUGGCCUUUAUCUAUUCGCGGAGGCUAGUGAUGAGUCGAAUUUAGUGGUACAGGUUAACUCAGACGACCACCUCAAAGUUAUCUCGGUUGAUUGGACAGGAGAGAACCCGGAAAGGGCGUACACACGCGCAGUACGCAUAAUGCGGCAUCUAGACGCCUCAGGUCUCCGAUUCAGUAGGCACCCGCGCUAUGGCUAUGUGAGUCCUUGCAUAUGGAGUCUGGGCUCGGGGCUCAGAUUCAGCGGGCUCGUAAAGCUGCCUGGCUUAGCUAAGCGGAAGAAAGAGGAGCUAGAACGCCUAUGCAACACACACAUGCUCACGAUCCGGCCAGGGCUGGGUAUCGGAAUCCCAGUGGUAAACGCAAUCUACGACGUAGGCUCUCGAUGCUGCCUGGGACGAGGAGAGGAUGAGCUGAUUUUCAGCGUAAUGGAAGGCGUAGCAGCUCAACAAAUCUGGAGUAUCCAAUACUCAGUCAUGUAUCCCUCUAACGUCUUCGACAAGCCCGGCUUACUGUAUGAUCUUGGAAAUCAAUAUUAUUCGUCACGAUCAACGACUCGGCUCUACCACAGGCUCUUCGCCACAGUUGUAUUUACCCCAUAA